GUGUAGCAUUAUCCUCGGACGAUUGGCCUCCGCUGUGUAAAUUCAAAACCUAUUUUAUAAGGCGGCAAGAAACGAAAUUAGGGUCAUUUUAUUGGGUUCUCAUGGCAGAGGGUUUAACCUAAGCAUUGGCGUCCGGUCUGGAAGAAGAGAGGUUUGAUGUUCGAUUGCCUUCUUCGUCUUCCAUCCUUCUCCGGCAAUUGGAAGAGAGAAGAAGAGGAGGAAUGAAGCUUCGAUACGCGAUGGUCUGUUCGUCGAAUCAGAAUCGGAGCAUGGAGGCUCACUCCCUUCUCAAGAAAGAGGGUUUCGAUGUAUCUUCCUACGGAACCGGAGCGCACGUUAAGCUCCCUGGUCCUUCUCUCAGAGAGCCCAAUGUCUACGAUUUCGGCACGCCCUAUAAGCACAUGUUCGACGAUCUCAGGCGCAAAGAUUCCGAUCUUUACAACCGCAACGGUAUAUUGCCAAUGCUUAAGAGGAACUCAGCUGUGAAACAUGCACCCCAGCGCUGGCAAGACAAUGCUGCUGAUGGUUGUUUUGAUAUAGUUUUCACAUUUGAAGAAAGGGUCUUUGACAUGGUUAUUGAAGAUCUUCAUAAUAGGGAUCAUGUUCUUUUGAAACCUGUGCUAGUGAUCAACUUGGAAGUAAAAGAUAACCACGAGGAAGCUGCCAUAGGAGCUCGACUUGCUCUUUCCUUGUGCCAAGAGCUUGACAAAACUGAAGUUUGGGAGGAUUCUAUUGAUGAGAUUGUGAUUAACUUUGAACGGCAGAACCGGAGGAAGCUCUUGUAUAGUAUUUCCUUCUAUUGACGGAUCCUCCAUACAGUUGAAAUCCUCGCAUUCUCCAGGGUGAAAUACUGGGCAGCUGUUAGACGACAGGACGUAAUUUAUUUCAUGUAAAAAUUGGACCCCUCGUAUCUCCAGAUCAGGAAUGAACCUUAUAAGAGGAGAUGUUAAACGAGGGUUCGGACUAGAAAUGUCGUACAGAAUGGGACGCCUGUGGGCUGGCUUGGCCCGACACUAUAAUCUGUAGGGUGGCCCAAUUUCUUAGGACUGUCAGGCCUAUGAUAUGUGGACAGCGGGCUGCUCGGGCCGGUACAGCUUCUGACUUGUCACGGCUUGGCUCUCUGUCCUUUUUUAAUUAAGAAGUUUUAAAAAUUAAACAAAGAA